AUGCGGACAGCGAGCCUGAGCCUCCGGGGGAAACGACCGCGCCCCGGCAGCAUGCGCAGGGUCCCCGGGUCGGCGUGCGGCGCUGCGGCGCUGCUGCGGGGCGCGCUGCUGUGCGCGCUGCUGCGGCUCCCGCGCGCGCAGCCCUGGCCCUGCCCGCAGGCCUGCAGGUGCCCGUUCCGCGACGCGGCGCAGUGCUCGGGCGGCCCGGUGGCUCGCGUCCCCGCGCUCGGCCUGCCCGCCAACCUCACGCACCUGCUGCUCUUCCGCAUGGGCCCCGGCGCCCUGCACAACGACAGCUUCCGCGGCAUGACCGUCCUGCAACGCCUGAUCCUCUCCGACAGCCCCAUCUCCACCGUCGCCCCCGGCACCUUCGACGACCUGAUCAAGCUGAAAACCCUGAGGCUGUCCCGCAACGGCAUCCCCCACCUGCCCGGCGCCCUCCUGGACAGGACGCUGCCCCUGGAGCAGCUGUUCCUGGACGGCAACGCACUGCGGACCAUCGACUCUGGCCUGUUUCGGAACCUGGCCAACCUGCAGGAGCUCGUUCUGAGCCACAACCAACUCGCCUCCCUCCCUGCAAACCUCUUCGCGAACCUGGGGAGGCUGAAGGUGCUGGAUCUAUCCGGAAACAACCUGACGCACCUGCCCGAGGGACUGCUCAGUGCCCAGGCCAAGCUCCAGGUGCUCCUGCUGCACUCGAACCAGCUCACCUCGCUGGACGCGGGGCCGCUGGACAGCCUGGGCUCCCUGGUGCGGCUGGAGCUCGACCGGAACCGCAUCCGCUCCAUCGCCCCCGGCGCCUUCGACCGCCUGGGAAACCUGAGCUCGCUGACGCUGGCGAGAAACCGCCUGGAGCUCCUGCCGCCCGGCCUCUUCCUGCACGCACCCCGCCUGACGCUGCUCACGCUCUUCGAGAACCCGCUGGCCGAGCUCCCCGGGGUGCUCUUCGGGCCCGCGCCCGGCCUGCGCGCGCUGAGCCUCAACGGCACCCGGCUGCGCACCCUGCCCCGCGCGUUGCUGCGCAACCUCAGCUCCCUGGAGCGCGUGCGGCUAGACCGCAACCAGCUGGAGGCGCUGCCGGGCGACGUGUUCGCGGCCCUGUCCCGGCUCGCCGAGGUCCUGCUGGGCCACAAUCCCUGGCUCUGCGACUGCGGCCUGUGGCCGUUCCUCGAGUGGCUGCGGCAGCACCCGGGCGUUGUGGGCCGGGCCGAGCCCCCGCGGUGCUGGGGCCCCGAGCCGCGCGCCGGCCUGGAGCUCUGGGCGCUGCUGGAGGGCGACCCCUGGUGCCCGAGCCCGCGGGGCGCACCUGUCCGCGCCCCAGCCCUGAGCGCCCGCGGAGGACUCCCGGGCACUGCCGCCUUGCCUGGCAGCUCCGAGCCCUGGGCGCAAGCCCAGCCGGUGGCUGCGGGCGAGGAGAGUGGAGCUCACAGCCUCUACUGGGCUCUGUAUAUCCUACUUCUGGUUGUCCAGGCCAUCGUAACCGGGGUCAUUAUGUUUAUUAUGAUCAAGAUCUCUGGGCUCUUUCGGAAAUUAAUCAGGGAGAGGGCGCUUUGUGGGAAACCUUGUUGUCAAUGAAAACGUGACCAGGGUAUUGUCAGGUGUGGCUGUCCCGGAGGCCGCCUGUGAGUGUCCACUUUAUUUCCUGGAACUAAGUGCCACCUCAUUUUACAAGCGUUUUUGUAGCAGCGAGCGUGUGACAGGUGUUCAUGAGAGUAAUGAUAAGGUUGGUGUCUGGUUUAUUGUGCUUGUAUCAUGUCUUCGUUUAUUCUUCCAAUUGAAAGCAGUUAAACCCUUGUUGCUUUAAUUGGAUGUCACAGGCUGGGGAGAUGACAGCUACGGGUUCCGUCCUGGCUCUACCACUUAUUAACUGCACUGGCUCUGGACAGGACGCCUACACACAUUCUCCAUGCCUGGCUUUCCUCAUCCCUGAAAAUGUUGCUGCCCCAUGAGUCGCAGUGAGCAUCCGCUGCCACCAAGCAUAUAAAGGCUUAACCCAGUGCCCUGAAUACAGCAAAUGGCCAAUGAGGGAUGGUGGAGAUUACCAAAGCCAUUGUUAUUGGCAUCAGGAUUUCUAAAGACAGCUUUGAGUUGGUGUUUUCGUCUGUGUAUGAAAGUAAGAGCAAACUUUCUCAAA